CGGACCGCGCGGAAUCCGGAGCGCUUUUAUAAACGCUGCGCCAGCAGAAACGCAGAGACGCGUAUUGUGCUCGCUCCCGAGGCUCAACAAUUUACAGAGCUCAAUCUACGAUUAUUCUCGCUUGGGUGAAGCUCUGUUGUCCUCUGUAGAUAUUCGAGCCUGCAUUACAUAUUUUUCAUCUACUUUACAUUCCUUAUUUAUCUAAACUUGUUAAACUAUGAUUUGGGUAACUCUCUUCAGCAUCGGCGUCUUGGUUACUUCGUUGAAUGCCGAUGCGCGCCUCAGUAAACGUUACGUGGUCGGAGGCUGUCCGAAUCACUGUGAUAAGUCCAUGUGUCCGGCGAUGCCGAAAGACUGUCCGACGGGGCAGGUGAUGGAUCAUUGUAACUGCUGCCUGGUGUGCGCGUCCGGAGAAGGAGAGGCGUGCGGCGGAGUGGGUAAACUGGGUGACCCAGUGUGUGGAGAGGGUCUGGAGUGCUCUGUCACCGGAGGAGUGGGGUACUCUGCUACUGUCAGAAGAAGAGGGAAAAGUGGGCUCUGCGUUUGCAGAAGCAGCGACCCGGUGUGUGGCAGUGAUGGGGUCUCGUAUCGGAACGUCUGCGAACUAAAGCGAGUCAGUAACCGAGCGCAGAGCCUACAGCAGCCGCCCGUACUGUUCAUUCAGCGGGGAGCGUGUGGGACAGCGGCCCAUGAAAACCCAAACAGCCUGAGAUACAAGUACAAUUUCAUUGCUGAUGUUGUAGAGAAGAUUGGCCCUGCUGUGGUUCAUAUUGAACUGUACCGCAAGAUGGUGUAUUCAAAGCGAGAGAUGGCAGUGGCGAGUGGGUCAGGUUUUGUGGUGUCUGACGACGGCCUCAUUGUGACAAAUGCCCAUGUGGUUGCCAAUAAAAACAGAGUGAAGGUGGAACUCAAAAACGGAGCCUCAUAUGACGCCAAGAUCAAAGAUGUCGACGAAAAGGCAGACAUCGCCCUUUUAAAGAUCGAUCCACCGAGUAAGCUUCCAGUGCUUCUGCUUGGCCGAUCGGCUGACCUCAGACCAGGAGAAUUCGUGGUUGCCAUCGGCAGCCCAUUUUCCCUCCAGAACACAGUUACCACAGGGAUAGUAAGCACCACGCAGAGAGGGGGGAAAGAGUUGGGCCUGCAGAACUCUGAUAUGGAUUACAUUCAGACUGAUGCCAUCAUUAAUUAUGGCAACUCAGGAGGACCAUUAGUCAAUCUGGAUGGUGAGGUGAUUGGGAUCAACACAUUGAAGGUGACAGCUGGAAUCUCCUUUGCUAUUCCUUCAGACAAGAUACGACAGUUUCUCGCUGAGUCGUAUGACAGACAGGUCAGAGGUCAAGGAGCAAUGCUUAAAAGAUAUAUUGGUGUUCGAAUGAUGACCCUCACUCCUGCACUGUCCAAAGAGUUGAGAGGUCGACUGCGAGACUUCCCUGACAUCACGUCAGGAGCCUAUGUCAUCGAGGUCAUCUCUAAAACCCCAGCUGCAGCUGGUGGACUUAAAGAGCAUGAUGUCAUAAUUUCCAUCAAUGGUCAGCAAAUCUCAACUGCAACGGAUGUAAGUUCAGCCAUCAAAAAGGACACCACUUUAAGUGUGGUAGUUCGACGAGGCAAUGAGGAUGUCAUCCUUACUAUCAUUCCCAUGGAGAUUGACCCUUGAACUUUAACAAAGCUGGUGCACAUCGACCCCACCAAUGAACUCACUGGGUGUAUCCCCUGGCCAAUUUUCCAUGUUCUUGAAAUGAAUGGCAGGGUGAAAGCUCUGCCUGAAAUGUUUAGACUGAAUAGAGCACAUGUUGAUCCAUGAUCACAUUUAUUAAUGUUUUAAAAAAAUCAUUAAAUAUUUUAGAGGAUGCUACUGCUGUUUACAACAUAAGCCAUUGGACAUUAGAUUUGUCUUUUUUCCAGAUUAGAUUUUGUCUUCAAAUUUCCAACAGUUUUUCAAAACUGAAUUUUGUAUUAUUAUUAUUUUAAAUGUUUUGUAAAUUAAACUGAAAUUGUACUCUUUUGAAUAGAUUAAAACCUUUUGAUAUUGCGCUUUUCAAGAGCAUAAAUAUUUUAUAAUAAAAGUUUCACAUGA